AUGCAGGGAGAGAAGCGGAGGGUCAGAGCCCUCCAGGAAGAAGAGGUUCAAAGGGCUGAGCUCAAGCUCACUGCUCUCCAUGAAAGCUUUGCCAGAACGCAUGUUCCAUUUGUCCUGUGGGCCUUCCUCUUUUUUGGAGUGGUCAGUUCCAGUCCAGUCCCAAGCAGGCUUUUUGGGGAGAUCAGAUCCCCUGGUUAUCCCAAGCCAUAUCCCAACAAUAACAUCAGCACCUGGGAUAUCCGUGUCCCAAAAGGCUAUGUGGUGAAGCUGACCUUCAGAUAUUUUGACCUAGAGCCAUCUGAGUCCUGCUUCUAUGACUAUGUUAAGAUCAAAGCAGACAAGAAGAACUUGGGCCGAUACUGUGGCCAGCUCGGGUCAACCACAGGCAAUCACCCAGGAAGGAAAGAAUUUGUGUCUAAGGGGAACAGGAUGCACUUGGCAUUUCACUCUGAUUUCUCCAAUGAUGACAAUGGCACAGUGAUUCCCUACAGGGGCUUCCUGGCCUAUUACCAAGCUGUGGAUCUUGAUGAAUGUGACCCUAACAAUGCUGCUGAGGAAGAUGAAAGGCCUCAGUGCCAGCACUUCUGCCACAACUAUGUGGGGGGCUACUUCUGUUCUUGCCGGACUGGCUACCAGCUUCAGAGUGACCACCACUCCUGCAAAGUGGAGUGCAGCAGUGAGUUGUACACAGAGGCCUCGGGGUACCUGAGCAGCCCCGAGUACCCCCAGCCCUAUCCUGAAGACCUCCAGUGCAACUACAGCAUCCGUCUGCCAAAGGGGCUGUCUAUCGUCCUCAGCUUCUUGGAACCCUUUGAGAUUGAUGACCACCAGCAAGUCUACUGUCCUUAUGACCAGCUCAAGAUCCAAGCACGAGGGAGAACGAUUGGCGAAUUCUGUGGCAAGAAGUCACCUGACAGCAUUGAAACCAACAGCAAUGAGGUGGACAUACUCUUCCUCACUGAUGAGUCGGGGUUCAGCCGUGGCUGGAAGAUCCACUACACCUCAGAGAAAAUAAAGUGCCCACAGCCUGUCCCACGGGAUCAGUUCACCAUCAUCAGAGACCUGCAGCCUGUGUAUGAAUUUCAGGACUAUUUUAUUGCCAGCUGCAAGACUGGGUAUAAGCUGAUGGAGGGCAACCAAACAUUGCUGUCCUUCACAGCUGUCUGCCAGGCUGAUGGGACGUGGCAUCAAUCCAUGCCCCACUGUGAGAUUGUGAACUGUGGGAACCCUGCAGACCUGACCAAUGGGGCAUUCAGCUACACUAACAAACCUGCAGACAACACCUACCAGUCAGUGAUCACGUACCGCUGCAAUGAGCCCUAUUAUCACAUUGUCACUGGAGCAGGUGGUGACAGAUUCACCUGCUCUCCUGAGGGAACCUGGAUGGAUGGAAAUGGCCAGGUGAAGAUUCCUGCCUGCUUGCCAGUGUGUGGGAAGCCAGUCAAUCCUGUUAUCUCAGUCCAGCGGAUCCUGGGCGGCAAGUCGGCAGGGAGAGGGAAUUUCCCUUGGCAGGCUCUGACUACCAUCCAUGGACGAGGGGGCGGUGCGCUCCUGGGCGACCGCUGGAUCCUCACUGCUGCCCACAUCAUCAUCCCCAAAGGGCAAGGAGAGAAUGAGGUGGGCCUGGACCAGCUAGCAGAGGAUGCUAAUGUUUUCCUUGGCCACACCAGCGUAGAAGAGCUCCACAAGAUGGGUAACCACCCUGUCCGAAGGAUCUUCAUCCAUCCAGAUUACAACCCUGAAGAUGAGUAUAACUUCAACGGGGACAUAGCUCUGCUGGAGCUGAAAUACCCAGUCACCCUGGGCCCUACAGUUCUGCCCAUCUGUCUCCCAGACACUUCCAACACCACCUUCUAUGAGGAUGGGCACAUAGGCUACGUGAGUGGCUUUGGUGUGGAGAAGAACUUUCUUUCCAAUGACCUGAAGUACGUGAGCCUGCCGGCGGUCGCUCGAGAGAAGUGUCAGAGUUGGCUGGACAGUAAGAGGGGAGAUAUACCUAUAGUUUUCUCUGAGAACAUGUUCUGUGCCGGCUUCCUCACCGUGAAACAGGACACCUGCCAGGGGGACAGUGGGAGCGUCUUCACAGUGUUAGACACACAGAGUGGUCGUUGGGUGGCUACUGGUAUUGUCUCUUGGGGCAUCGGCUGUGCCGAAGGCUAUGGCUUCUACACGAAGGUCCUCAACUAUCUGGACUGGAUCAAGGGGAUAGUAAGGGAGGAUAGGCUCUAA